CAAAAACGUUGGUGUCAACGCUCUUCUGCAUAACAGUUUCAGAGAGCUAAAAUAAAAUCUACAUAAAUGGCAGAAGAAAACAUUAAAAAGCAUCUCUCGCCGGAAUAUACUGUAAUCGAGGAGUGGAACGGAACGGCGUUAUCGGAGCUCACAAAAACCGCCACCAUCACAAUCACUCGAGAUUCCGUUAAAAAAUCAGCCAGCCGAUUCAACCAUUUUUCUCGGCGAUUUCUCGACGCUUUUGUUCCCGAGGGGUUUCCGAGCAGUGUGACUCCAGAUUAUAUCCCUUUUCAAAUAUGGGACUUGUUGCAGGGCCUUUCAACAUAUGUGCGAACAAUGCUCUCCACCCAGGCUCUUUUAAGUGCUAUUGGAGUAGGUGAAAAAUCUGCUACUGUUAUUGGGGCUACAUUUCAGUGGUUUCUGAGAGAUUUAACUGGAAUGCUUGGAGGUGUCUUAUUUACAUUUUACCAGGGGGCAAACCUGGAUAGCAAUGCCAAAAUGUGGCGUCUUGUUGCUGAUCUUAUGAAUGAUAUUGGAAUGUUAAUGGACCUUGUUUCGCCUUUGUUCCCUUCAGCAUUCCUGUUCAUCGUUUGCUUAGGGAGUUUAUCACGAUCAUUCACUGGUGUUGCUAGUGGAGCCACUAGAGCCGCUUUAACGCAGCAUUUUGCCCUACAGGAUAAUGCAGCAGAUAUAUCUGCAAAGGAAGGAAGCCAAGAGACAGUUGCAACAAUGCUUGGGAUGGCUAUUGGGAUGUUCCUUGCUCACAUUACUCUGGGGCACUCACUUGCCAUUUGGUUUUGUUUUCUGUCCCUCACCAUAUUUCAUAUGUAUGCAAAUUACAAGGCUGUUCGUUGCCUUUCCCUUACUACAUUAAAUUGUGAAAGAAGUUCUAUUCUUUUGUUACAUUUUAUGGAGACUGGUCAAGUUCUCACCCCAAAACAGGUCUCAACCAUGGAGCAUGUUUUACCGCUGUGGAUGACUUCAUGGAGCACAAAUAGAGUUAAAGUUUUGUACCAGCAGAUACGCAUAGGUAUCCAGAUUUCUUCGAUCAACUGUCAGGAAAUGUUGGACCUAUCUCACCUGGCUGGUUCCUAUUACAAUACAGCAAAGUACAUACUACUUGAGAAAAAGGGAAUAAUCAGCAUUGUUAUGCACAAAGACUCAGCAGCAGCAGACGUCUUACAGGCUUUCAUGCAUGCUCUUGUAAUGUCAGAACUUGUUGACAAAGACAGUUCUGUGCAUUUGGAGAGCCAAUCAUGGAUGGCUAAAUACUAUGAAGUCUUUGUUCUGGAGCUUCAAUCAUCAGGCUGGAAAACGGAACGUCUUUUGUCACCCUCAGUUGUUUGGAAGGCAAAUUGGUUCUCGAGGUCUGAGAAACUAGACUAGGGAACUUGUAACAUGCUAAGCUCAGUUUUAUUUCAGUGAAUUGAGUCUGAGAGAUUAUUUAUUUGGAAGAUAAGCUAUUUUUGAGUUAAGAUCUAGACUAAUCUCAAAAAUGGUGAUAACUUAGUGGUGCAAAGCAUUUAAAUGUAUUAUUUUACCUUUCAGAAACUUUCGAUUUUUUGAAAUGCAUGGUCUCGGAACAUUGUGGGCAGUUUUAAACCAUUUUGGAAAAAUAUUGUAACUGUAAACAAUUCAUUUGUUUCCAUUGACAAGUGAUUAAUAACUAAAUUAAUUCAUAUUCAA